AUGUUAAACGGGCUGUCUCCUUCUGAAGCUAAGGCUCUUCGCGAAAUUUGCAAUCCGUCGUACGAAGGUUCGUUCACGCUUCAAUGCCCUAUUUUAGACGAAUCUAUGGGUCGUACAUUGAAGAGGUUGAAAGGUUCCUCUGGUUCUGUGAUCGACUUCGUCGAGAAAACAUGGCUUUCGACCCACUACAAAAUAAUGGGCAUUGCUCGCCCCUUAAUUCAGCUUUGGAGCUCAUUGCCGCCGAGCGAUCCUCAUCUAAAACAUAUCGAGUCGGCCCUUCGUUUGUGGGGAGUAGCCUUUCGUGACGUCACUAUGAACCGGUGGAAAAAUAUUCUCCGCCAGAUGGCUCCUGAUUUCCUCAAUCUCUUGUCUGAUCCGACAAUCUUUUCGAACCGUGAAAGGUCACGUUUAUUUGGUGUCCAUUUUCUCAACGCUAUGGCCAAGAAAACUGAUGAGGAGAAUAAAAUAACCAAAAUCGGGCGCAAUGCCGGCCAUUCUCAAUCGUCUAAACGUCCCUUCAAUAAAUUCGCUCGCAGUGGCGGGGCAACUACUCAGAAAUCAUCUGCUGGGCCUUCAUCCGGAAAUCAUCGCGGAACUGGAAGCAAUUCUCAACGCGCAUCUGAUUUCCGUGGUCGCCGUGGUGGUUUUCGUGGCGAUCUUCCUCUAGUUCCCGGUUGGUCCAAGACUUAA